CGGUCUUUGUACUGAGAGAAUUGCUGAGAAUUUCUCGUCAUUAUCUUUGGCGCGUAAGCUCCUUAUAAGUAGAGACAGAGUUGCAGACCAAAGCAUCCAAACCUUUCUAAGCAUUCAAAGUUUGAGAAGUUCUUAUCCAUCUUCUUCAUUUUCUUCAUUUUCUUCCGUGAGAGAGAAAGCAAUGGCUGCAUCCUCUGAAAGCAAGAAAAUAGUGGGAGUUUUCUACAAGGCUAACGAGAAUGCCGCUCUGAAUCCCGACUUUAUGGGUGAUGUGGAGACAGCUUUGGGCAUAAGAGAGUGGCUGGAAUCUAAAGGCCAUCAGUACAUAGUCACUGAUGACAAAGAAGGGCCUGAUUGUGAACUUGAAAAGCUUCUUCCUGAUCUCCAUGUUCUAAUAUCAACCCCUUUCCACCCGGCAUAUGUUACUGCUGAGAGGAUUGCAAAAGCCAAAAAUUUACAACUUCUUUUAACUGCUGGAGUUGGUUCUGAUCACAUUGACCUAAAAGCAGCUGCUGCUGCUGGUCUAACUGUUGCAGAAGUCACUGGAAGUAAUGUUGUUUCAGUUGCAGAAGAUGAGCUCAUGAGAAUCCUGAUCCUCGUAAGGAAUUUCGUCGCUGGUUACAAUCAGGUGGUUAAUGGGGAUUGGAAUGUUGCGGGUAUUUCGUAUAGAUCAUAUGACCUUGAAGGGAAGACAGUAGGAACAGUUGGUGCAGGACGUAUUGGUAAACUUUUGCUUCAGCGCUUGAAGCCUUUCAACUGUAAUGUCCUCUAUCAUGAUCGGAUCAAGAUGGACCCAGAAUUGGAGGCUCAGACGGGAGCAAAGUUUGAGGAGGAUCUUGAUGCAAUGCUUCCGAAGUGUGACGUAGUUGUUCUUAACAUGCCACUUACGGAGAAAACAAAAGGGUUGUUUAACAAAGAAAAGAUUGCACUGAUGAAAAAGGGAGUUCUGAUUGUGAAUAAUGCUCGAGGGGCAAUUAUGGAUGCUGAGGCAGUUGCUGAAGCGUGCUCCAGUGGGCAGAUUGGAGGUUAUAGUGGAGAUGUGUGGUACCCUCAACCAGCUCCCAAAGAUCAUCCAUGGAGAUACAUGCCAAACCAGGCAAUGACACCUCAUAUUUCUGGCACCACAAUUGAUGCUCAGUUGAGGUAUGCUGCUGGAACCAAGGACAUGCUGGACAGGUUCUUCAAGGGAGAAGACUUCCCUGAACAAAAUUACAUUGUUAAGGAAGGUAAAAUCGCCAGCCAGUAUCAGUGAUACUGCUAUUCCUCAAAUAUGCGGAUCGCCUUCUACUCAAGUGUCUUUUUCAUGAAAUAACCGAUUCUCCGAAUGCUUUCACAAUAAUGGAGCUGAGAAGAAACUAUUGUGACUGAGUUUCCCAUGUUCGGCGUAAAAAAAGUGUUUCCCCAUUGUUUUUGUUUGAUCUUUUUAUUUCAUUUACUAUGAGCUUGAGGAUUAAUAAAGUUGUGUUUGUGCAUUUGAUUGGCACAUUCAUCCUUUGAACAUGACAGGAACUCACUUGUCCAAGCUAUUGUAAUAAGACAUGAAAAGUUGGCUGUUGAGAUUCAAAUGAAUAGUAACAAAAUCUUCAUUCCC